CGCUCACCUGCAGCAAAUAAAAGAAACGGAAUGAUUGUUUCUGUCUACACUGACCUUUAGAGACUCCUAGUUUGCAGGGUUUGGGAGACAGGGCUGUAGUUCGCUCCGAGCUGCUUGGCGGGAGUGGGAUUGCGUGAUGGCGGCGAUGACUCUGUACACCCCCCCUGAUUUUUGGAGGUGCUACCCGGUUCUGAUUGCAGCUGAAUACAGCAAUGUGCCACUCACAGUGGUGUCCGGGGAUCUAGAGCUCUGCUCCAAGACUGGAUGUAUGGGGUCGUACGCCUGUGGAAAGGUCCCUGUAUUGGUGGCAGACAGUGGCUUUUGUGUGCAAGAAAGUAAUGCAGUUGCGUAUUAUGUUAGCAGUGGUAUGCUGCGAGGUACUUCUAUUCAAGAAGCUGCCCUCAUCCAGCAGUGGAUUAACUUUGCUGAAAGUGAACUUAUCCCUCCAACUGCAACCUGGCUCUUCCCAAUUUCAAGUACCAGGAAAUUCAACAAGCAGGUAGUCGAGCGUGCUAAAGCUGACAUAAGGAAGGUAUUGCUCUUGCUGAAUGAUCAUCUCCAUGCCAGGACAUACCUGGUUGGUGAGCACAUCACUCUAGCUGAUAUCACACUGGUGUGUGCAAUGUUGGGACUUUAUAAACAAGUUUUGGACCCUUCCCUGCAGGAGAACUACACUGAAGUAAGCCGUUGGUUUGCUGCCUGUGUUAAUCAGCCUCCAUUCCGAAAAGUAUUGGGGGAGGUGGUGUUCUGUGAGCCAGCUGCUCAGUGUACAGCACCAAAGCUACCAGAAACCCAAGAAGUCACCAAAAUUGAGACCUGCUUAAUUGCAACUCCCACAAAUAAAUCAAAUGAAGUUGGCCCAGUUGAUACGGGACUCGAUAAAGAAAUAGCUGCAAUGGUAUUUGCUCCUGCAACCUCUCUGGCUGAGGCUGCAACUGUUGGUGGUGUAGCUUCUCCCCCAGAGCAGAGACCAACUCGUGCUGAAAGUUUGCUAGGUGGAUCAGAAGAACAACUUUCUGUAGUAUGUGCCUCAGUGAAGAGUAGAACCAAAGAAGUAAGCUCCAUCGUUUCCCCUAAAGGAGAUGUUUCCACAGAAAAAGAAGGUGAGGCUAUGGGUACUAAAGAGAAGAAUCCUUCUGUUCUGAUAGAUUUUUCUAAAGAGACCAUCCACAUAACCAGUAACUUGAAAGAGCAGGAAGUAACUGAAGAGGUCACAGUUCAAAUCCAAGAGGGAGGUAUUCAUGAGGAGACAAAGUCAGUUGUACCCUUUAACCAGCCUGCACCUACUGUGGACUAUUCUGCACAGAGAGCUAUAGCAGGAGUCACUUUACCAGAAUUAUCCUCUUCCAGAGAGGAUGUUGAAGUGAGCUUUGUACACAAGUCAAAAGAAGAAUCUGUUACUGAAAUCUGCAUAACGGAAGCUUCUGAAGAGCAGAAACCGGUUGGACUAAGCCAGCUCAAUGCUCCGAAACAUCAAAAAGCUGAAGAGACUGUUGUCAGGAUGGCUGCUCCUGGAAAGGCCAUUCAUGUUGACUCAAAGGUAAAGUAUGAUUCUGAGCCAGAUGCUUCAUCUAAGCAAGAAACCAGAUUAAUGGAUGUAACCAAAAAUAGGCUGGCUGGAGAGGAGAGCAUGAGUGAGGUUUGUGUGACAGAAUCAUUGGAAGAAGUCACUGCGGCUGCAUUGAGUACACCAGAUCCUUCUGAAAAGGAUAUAGCAUGUAAAGAAGCAGCUACUGGGGCAAUACAUGCUUAUAUGGAGUAUACCCCUACAACUGAUGCUGUUCACCUCCUAGAAACUUCAAAAGAGAGAUUCAACACAGUUGAUCCUUCUCUGGAGUACGGGUCAGUUAGAACAAGCUUGGCUGAUGCACCUAAAGACAAUGGAACUGCUGACACUAGUAAAGUGGACGCAUCUCAAAGAGGCGAGCUGGCUACAGAGGGACUGGAGGGGCUUUCCCGAGCACAUGGUGAUGAACAGGACUACACUAAAUUGACUGACCAGUUAAAAAUCAAAGAUCCCUUUGCACACUUACCAAGAAGUGCCUUUGUUCUGAAUGAGUUCAAGUGGAAGUACUCAAAUGAGGAUAUCAGUUCUGUGGCACUUCCUUACUUGUGGGACCACUUUGAUAAAGAGGGUUGGUCUUUUUGGUACAUGGAGUACAAGUACCCCAGCAAGCUCUGUCUGGAUUGCAGGAGCUCCAGUUUAAUAACUGGGCUAUUCCAACACUUGGAUAGUCUACGGGAGCACAGCUUUGCUAGUGUGAUCCUGUUUGGCACUGGUGGUGACAGCUCAAUCUCUGGAAUUUGGAUUAUGCGGGGACAGCAACUCCUUCCCAAAUUAAAUGAAGACUGGCAUGUAAUCUGUGAGCCAUAUUCCUGGAAGAAAUUGGAUAUAGACACUGAUGAAUGCAAGACCAUGAUUAAGGAGUACUUUAUGAUGGAAGGAACAUUCCAACAUGUAGGAAAACCCUUCAAUCAGGCAUUAAUCUUUAAGUAACAGCACACACUAGUUGCUGCUCUCUGAACUAGCUGGCCUGUUGCACUACUGAGUCUUGCCUUACUGGAUAUUGCAUUGGCAGUGUGUAAAUCUCUAGGGCUGAUACGCAGCAAGUGUUUUGGUUUUUUAAAUCUGAGUGGAAGAUAAAUAAAGCAUUUGAAAACUGA